UCCCAUGUAAUCUACACUGUCCGAACCAUAAAGGAAAAGGACAAUAACAUAUACUAAUUGCCAAAAAUAUGAAAGACCAAAAGACACAUUUUUUUCAUCAAACAUCGUUGUCAUCAUUAUCAUCACCAAUGCAUAUCAUUUAGAAACCAUCGCAUCUCUAUUCUCAAAACCCUCUUUUUUAUUAUUUGGCAUUGUCACAAACUUUUGUUUCUCAGAAGUUUCAUUAGCUCAUUUUGAUUGCAAUCAAUCUCAAAACCAUUCUCUCUAAUGGAGAAGACUCAACUGGAUAACCUAUUUCCUCUAACUCCAAGUGCCGUAUUCUCUACAAAGAAGGGACGUAGCGGAUAUGAACCAUCAGACACAGAGACGGAGUGGCAAGACACUCCACGUCAUGAACGAGGAAGAAAGAACAACAUGACUUUGAGUCCAGAAGAAACAAAAGCUUUGUAUCUAAGGAACAAAAGUCCUAUGACACUCCACAAGAGACACCCUUCAAGGUUUGAAUUUGAAGUCCCAUCAUCACCUUCAAUAACAGGUUCAGUUCUUAACCAACCAAGAAGAAGACAUCUCAGUAAAUCACCCUAUAGGCCACGCGUAGCACAUGAUAAUCAUUAUGAUGUUGAUGGUAAUGAUGAUGAUGCUUCGUUAACAAACAUAACAGGUGUGAACUCACGUAGAAAUAUGAGUCCUUUGCCAAGGCCUGACAUUGGAAGAACAUUGUCUCCUUAUAACAGAAACCGUGAGCAAAGAGCACCUUAUAAUGAAAAUAGGAAAGCAAGUUCAGGGCUUCUAGAAAUGGAUAGAGUGGGUACAAAAUCAAACUACAAGAGAGCAGUGACUGCUCCAAGAUUGAGAGACCAACAACAAACAGUGCAAAACACUGCGAGAACUCUGAAACAAAGGGAAAAAUCUCCUUUCAAAACAGGUUUAGUUAAAGAAAGAGAAAUCAAUGAAAUGAUAGCAGAGGUGAAACUAUCAAAAAACCCUACUGAUGAUUAUUCAUCAGCACUCGAAAGUACAGACUCAAUUCAAACAGGUGAUCUUUUCUUUUCUCGUGAAUGCAAUGCCUUGCAAGCGAAGAAUUCUUCAAUGCCAAAAAAAGUUCAACAAUACGAGUAUUUUAGCCCUAGACAAGUGAUCACCACCAUUAAUCCCAUUACCAACCCAUGUGAAAGUGGUAAACACGGUAUGAAUAUGAAUAUGCCAAGAAACUAUUCAAGUAAUGUGUUGUUGUCUCGAACAUCGGCAGCCACAUCAAUCAGAAAGGGAAGUGGAACUGGGAAGCCUAGUGCUAACUCUAGUGUGAAAAGUGAUGCUAGUACAAAGACAACCGAAAGCAUGAGGAAAUUCACAUCCAACAGAAAAAAGAACCAGAAAGAUGCAUGGUUUGCUUGUAUGAUGAGAACAGGAAACUGUAGGAUUUCAAGAAAAUCGCCUGAACGCAGACCCAUUGAUGAAGCUUCAUUGAUCGAGAGGGCAAUAAUUGUGGAAAGCAUUCCACAAUUAUGGGCAGAUAAACAUAAACCAGCUUCACUUGAUGGCUUCAUUUGCAACAAACAAGAAGCUCAACUACUCAAGGAAUUAGUGUCACAGGGCUCUUGUCCUCAUAUUUUACUCAAAGGACCCUCUGGUUCUGGGAAAAGAGACCUAGCAAUGGCUUUUCUUAGAGAAAUAUAUGGUGAUGCAUGUUGUAAUCUGUCACAUGAUUUACGACAUUUCCCUAUUCAGGACAAAAGGACCAUGAAAGUAUCGGUUCCAAUAACGUCCAGUUCUCAUCAUAUGGAGGUCAAUGUAAAUUCAGAACCAAAUGCUAAAUAUGCUUUGAUGGGAUUAAUCAAAGAAAUUAGCAAUAUAUAUGCAAUUACCCCUGAAGUAAGUAAUGUGAAUUUCAAGUCAGAUUAUAAAGGUUAG